AUGCCCCUUCGCCAGGUUCGACUGUCCCUAAGGUCGAGGCCUGACUCCAUCCGGACGACUGUUGUAUUCCCCAAUCUGGACUCCCCGGAUGACGACGUAGGUAGUCCUUCCGAAACCAGUCGCGAUGUCUGGGAUGAGGCCUACAUCCAGCUGAGGACCGAGCCUGCCACCGCUGCCGUCAUCGCCGACUAUGAACAUGUAUUGGGGGCAGCUCUUCGUCCCAUCAGCCCGGAACAUGCCCAUGGCCUGGACAGAAACCCUUCAGGCUGGAUAUCACGCUUGGAUGAGGUCUCUCGGCGUGCGUUAAUCGAGGCCCUCGUGACCCGUGGCUGUGAGGCCUUUGAACGAUACUCGUACGGGCGCAAGAUGUUGUCCUUUGUCGCACUGUCUAUCGACAAGAUGAAGUCCACCAUUGAAACCAUGGUGGAGACCUGUCCCGCCUCGUCGACCGCAUGGCUGGCAGCUUGUUUGCUCGUUGCACCGACUAUCAUCAGCAACGUCCAGAAGGCCGAUUUGCAACCGGGCAUCAACUACGUGAUAUCCAGGAUGCCCUGGUACACGGAACUAACCAAGGUCCCGACAGUGGGUUCGUGGAAGACGCCAGCGCUGCAAGCAGCAGUGACCGCCAAGGUCGUCGAGCUGUACAAACUGGUCAUCCGCUAUCUCCUCGCCAGUGCUCGCUUCUACGACCACUCCACCUAUCGGUUUGAACCAAAUUUGGCCAAAUGGGGCAACUGGGAGGCCAUGCUCGCCGAAAUCCAGGCGGCCGAAACAGAGCUGCUGUGGUGUAUACACACGCAUAGCGGCAGGUCGCUGAAACGUGCGCUCAUUGAAGGUGCCCGACAGGGCGAGCAUAUUAAGAACAUCACCAGCGUCUUUUCGGUCGCCCAGCGGAGAGCCAACCUGAUGGAUAGGAUCAUGCCGGAUGCCCGACUGUCCCACUCCGAUACGUACCACGAUUACGUGAACCAGAUUGCCAACCCCCAUAUCAACACCGGGCAUGGAGUGCUAAGCCACCCGACCUUUACCACCUGGAGCAACGCCGACAGUGGACUCCUCGUCCUUACCGGGGAGCCAGGAACGGGCAAGUCGGUCCUCGCGAAGUAUCUCUUGACGGAGCUGCCCGACACCCUACAGCAGUGUUCCCAUUUGGACGAUGUGGAAGAAAAGGCAGAACAGGCUACGCGGCACAGCGUGCGACCCGACUCGGACCUGUUCUGGGAACUGGUUGGGAUUGCCAGUCGGGGGACUCCCCACGGGCGGGUGACCGUAGUCUUGGAUGCUUUGGAUGAGUGCAAGAACGCCCAUCUGGAGACUGCCCUGGAACGACUCAACCGGUUCCAGUCCAGGUUCCCUGACUCUAACGUGAAGUUCCUUCUCACGACCCGUCCCGUUCCCGGCCUCCUCGAGCGACUAACGAACGGCACCAUUCUCAACCUUGGUGAGGACGCCGAGUGUCGUGAAUCUAUCAUCGGCGAUAUCGCCCGGGUGGCGCAGGAUCGGGUGGAAUGCUUCGCCCGUGAGAGAUGUGUCCGCGAUGAGGGCACAAAAUCGAAAUUACUCCGGCACCUGAAAGUCCACGACAGCGCGAGCUACUUGUUUGCCGACCUGCUAUUCGCCUAUCUCUAUUCUCUUCCUGUCCGACCGGGGACAAAUUACUGGUCACGCACAGUCGAUCACCUGCCAAAGAGCGUGAUCGAGAUCUACCGGGCGCUGCUGGACCAGAUCCCCGAGAGCAACCGCGACGACGUGCGAAUCAUGCUAGAACUAGUACUCGCCACGACCAAACCACUCACCGUCCGGGAGAUGGCCAUUGCACUCGCUCUUCACAUCGAUGACUGCACGAACUGUGAUCGGGAAGACGAUCUGGGCUUGCCUGCCGAGGACUUUGAAAGCUGGCUUCGCGACACCUGCGGACCGUUCUUCGACGUUUACAACAAUCGCAUCUACUUUGCCCAUCAGACAGUCAGGGAUUACCUCCUUGUGGAAGAACCGACACAAAGGCCCGCCUGGUUGGAGCAGUUGUCGAUUGAGUCCUGUCACAAGACGAUGGCCCACAGCUGUUUCGCCUAUCAAUCGCUCCCGUUCAUUAGAAAGAAUAGGUUCAUGUCGAUCGAGGCGUACGUCCAAGCGCCGUUUUACACAAGGAGACAGUACCACAAGUGGUGCCGAGAGUCGUUUGUAUUUGCAGAGCAUGCGUUUGCCAAGUGGGUGGUUCACGUCAAGAAUUCCCACCGCUCAUCCGACAAGGCAAAGGGACGCGUGAUGGAACAAGCUGAAGGGCAGACGAAGGGAAACGGGGUUCUGAGCCAGGCAGAGGCAGGGUCGGACACGACGGACGAACACGACGCCCAUUCCGAGCAGUCGUCACAAGAGCACGAAGAUCCGCUUAACGAAACAACCGGAGAAAAGAAGGAAGAUAAGGCUGAAAAGGAGAUUGAAGUGGACGCUGCGCACGACAUCAAGGAGACAGGAGAGAAUGCAGAGGCUCAAGCAGAGGAGCCUAUAGUCGAACAGCCUGAUCAGCAGACGGAGGAAUCCGAUGAUCUGCGUCAGACAGGGGCAGGGUCUGAUAAGAUGGACGAGGAGGCCAGGCAAGAUGCUGAACAGCCAUUGGAAGAGCACGAAGAGUCACUCGAAGGAACGACCGAAGAGAAUACAGAAGAUAACACAGAAAAAGAGGCUAAAGUGGAUGCCGCACAAGGCUUCAAGGAGACUGGGGAGAAUGCAGAGGGUCGUCCAGAGGGACAUGUAAUGGAGCAAGCUGGCGACCAGAAAGACGAGGCACCGGGACAGACAAAAGGCCGGUCAGCCCAGGUGUCCGACGGACGAGAUGAAAGAAUUCUGAUCGAUCAGAUCAAAGAGCUAUUCCCAGAGUUCCGGUUCAAGCUAGCCCUCCCCCUGUUUUGCUGCUCUGGAACGCCGUCUUCUGUCGACGUCCAGACUUUUGUCGAAAUGCUCCCCGCGAAAAGCCCGGCGCGCGAUGACCUUCUCACCGCGGUUAGUCAAAGCCUAAUGGCCCGAUACUGUCAACUGGGCGAUAGAGCCGACCUCAACUAUUGCGCUGAUCUGACAGAGCAGGUUCUCAAGAGAACACGCCGCGGCCACCCGCAAUUGACCCAGAGACUGGCUACGUUCGAUCAGGGUUUGAACAUGCGGUUCUGGGAUGCGGUGCAUCAUGACGUUCCUAUUACUGGAAAUGAAAUGCGUGAGGCCGACCAAGCUGUCGCCGUCACGCCUACCGGUCAUCCCGGCCGCCCGGCUGCCUUGCAUGAACGUGCGAUUGUCCUUGAAAGACAGUACCAGCGCACCAAGGAUGCCCAGGCCAUCAGCCAGGCUAUUGAGGACAUCUUCAGCGUUGUGCAACUGGUCUCCCCGUCAUCGGCCAAACCGCGGUAUUUGGACUAUCUGGCGAACUUGCUGGGACAGCGAUUUCUGGACGGAGGCAACCCUGCGGAUCUCAAUUUGGCUGUCCGGGCCGCUGUCGAAGCGGUUGUCACUACACAGUCAAUCAAUCCCGGCGAUACCAAAGUUGUGGCGAUGCACCGCAGCACCCUCGCGUUUUGGUUAGGGGCCCGGUACAGGAUGACGCGGCAGCCGAGCGAUAUCGACAAAGCGCUCGAGGUGAUCCGGAUCGCAUUGGACAUCACGUCCGCUGAUGAUCCCAGCCUCCCGAUCUAUCUUUGCAGUCACGCGCGACGUCUCUACGAACGCUACGAACAGACCGGCGCAGAAGAAGAUCUUCGCGAGGCUAUUGCGGCCUCGCGUCGCUCCGUACAGCUAAUGUCCACCAAACAUCCCCUUUAUCCAUUCCACCAUCUGUUUCAUCAAGUACUGAGCACGGAAGAGUGCAAUUAGACCGAGCGUUGCGUUGGUGUUUGGUCUGUUGGUAUUUUUGUGUCUUGGUACUUCUCUUUAUAUGUACACUACCCUAUACUAUUACUUUGUAUGUAAUGUAAUAACCC